UUUCACCCCACACAGUAAGGAGCGACAUGUGACUUUAACGUAUGUUUGCGGACAGCCAAAAAUACCAUAGAAGAAGAAGAAGAAUGGCUUCUCUUGUUGGAUGUGAACACUACGUGCGCCGUUGUUUGUUGAAAGCUCCGUGUUGUGGUAAAGCAUAUGUUUGUCGCCUGUGCCAUGACGCUGAGGAGGACCAUCAAAUGGACCGCUUCCUGGUCAAAGAAGUGCAGUGCUCAGUCUGCACAACAGUACAACAGGCACAACAAACUUGCGUGGAGUGUAAUGUGACCUUUGGGGAAUAUUACUGUGAUAUUUGUCACCUGUUUGAUAAAGACAAGAAGCAGUAUCACUGUCAGCCCUGUGGAAUUUGCAGGAUCGGACCAAGGGAGAAAUACUUCCACUGUGAGAAGUGCAAUCUCUGUUUAGCCGGAGAUCUAAGAGGAAAUCACAAGUGUGUUGAAAAUGUUUCAAGACAGAACUGCCCAGUGUGUAUGGAGGAUAUCCACACAUCCAGAAUAGGAGCCCAAAUUCUUCCAUGUGGCCAUCUUCUACACAAAACAUGCUUUGAUGACAUGGUCCAAACUGGUGCGUAUCGAUGCCCACUCUGUAUGCACUCUGCUUGGAAUAUGGAGCACAACUGGGAGCAGAUGGACAAGGAGAUCACUCAGUCACCCAUGCCCACUGAAUACCAGGAUGCCACUGUGAAGAUCAUAUGUAAUGACUGCCAAACCCACUGUACGGUGCCUUUCCAUGUUCUGGGAAUGAAGUGCAGUGGCUGUGGGUCCUACAACACAGCACAGAAUGGGGGACUGAUACGGCAGUCCCGGGAACCACAGCCCCAGGAGCCAGAGCAGCAGCCCCAGUCCCCAUUGCCAGAACCAUAGAAUAUGUAUAAUUUUAAUUACAUUGGGACUCCACCUCCUAGUUCUCUAUGCUCCACAUUACUUCCCCAGUCUACGCAGACUUAACUACACUAUCCACCUCUUUCCCAACAUUGCUCUGCCAAGAGUACAGGUAGUCGUGCCUUGGUUCCAGAACCUGGUGCCAGGACCUCAGGGCAAUAAACUUGGAUCCCUCUCCUAGUGUGUUGUACAGCAGUUUUGGGGUUGAAUUUCUGUUAUUACAUGGCUAUUGAUCCAUUUGUUUCUCAGAUAAAAGCCAGCAUAAGAGAAUUGUGAAUGAGGAAUUAAAUAUAGCCACACAAUUUAUUUCCCAUUUUGUCCCAAGUUGGAAUGGAUGUCAUUAAUGCUUUCACCAAAUGAUUUAGAUUUUUGUUGGGGUGAAGAAUGCUGUUAUGUGAGGAGUUUGUAAAGCACUGCAAUGUUUGACUGGCUUUGCGUUUCUAAAAACCUAUGUAAAUGCUUCAGACUGACAUUUUUACAAUGUUAAUGGAUUUCAAUGUCUGUUUGCAAAACUCAGGUAUUUGAAAUAGUUUAGAUACGGUUCAACAUCAAAUUGUGUUCAUUCCAUGUUUGAGUGUAAUUUUGAUUAGACGAGUGGAUUAUCAUGAGUAACACGUAUGUAAAUUAUUGAGUAAUUACUACAGUUAGACAAUGGCUGUUGGCAACUAUCUCACUCCAUGCUUAGCUCGUAUUGUCACUCAUAUGAGAAAAAUAGAGUGAAAAUAUUGCAUCUGUAUUGCCUUUGGUGUCAUUCAUUGAUGCAGGUUUUGGGAUGGUGACAUUUACUGUAAAGACUAAUAAAUACCAUGAUUGUUCUGAAUAAUGUUA